AUGAAUCGCGAGCCGCCUUAUCCAGAGAUAGGCAUGAGAAAGUGGUCGCGUGCCGUGUGGGACAAAUUGAGCCCCCACGCUAGAACUGCCGGUAAGGCUUUCUUCUCCCGCCUAAUUGCCCCCCCGUCGUCCACCAUGAGCGCGCCACCGCCCACAUCCUCGGCCAUCCCCCCUCACCUGCGGCCGCCCGCGCCGGCUGCCUCCCCCGCGCAUCACGGCGGCCACCACUUCGCGCUUCCCAAGCUGCGGCUCGAAGUGCGCGACCUCGAGUCCACGGGCGCGCUGCGCGCCCUCGCCGCCCUCAACUUUGGCGAAUGCGUGCGCGCCUGCGCCCAGGACGUGCUCCGCCAGCUCUACCAGCACCCCGGCAACGCGCCCUGCCCGCUGCCCACGACGCGCUCCGUCACCCUGAUCCUGCGCGACAUGGACGGUGUCGCCUACACCGCCGGCACCGAGCUCGACCCCGACCACAAGGAGAUUCACCUCUCCACACGGCACAUUGACAACCAGAGCCCGGAGCGCAUCCGCGACGAGCUCUACGGCGUCGUCACCCACGAGCUCGUCCACUGCUUCCAGUACGACGGCCGGCAUACUUGCAAGGGCGGCCUGAUUGAGGGCAUUGCCGACUGGGUGCGCCUGCGCUGCGGACACGUGCCGCCGCACUGGAAGCCCCGCGCCGAGGGCUGUGGCUGGGACGCCGGGUACGAGACGACGGGCUACUUCCUGGACUGGCUCGAGACGCAGUGCGGCGAGGGAACAGUGCGGCGCAUCAACGCAAAGUUGCAGGCGGAUAAGUAUGAGGAGGAAAAGUUUUGGCCCGAACUGUUUGGCUCGACGAUUGAUGAGUUGUGGGAGACGUAUGCCGCCUCGAUUAACUAG